AUGUGUUGCAGAAAGGGGAAGCUAGCGAGUGUAACCUCUCGUAUCACGAGUGACACAUUUUAGGUUCUCUGACGACAUGAAAAUGUUAUGUUCCAUGCGGAAAACCAUUACGGAAAGAAGUCAUAGAAGUCAAGAGGCCAAAAAGACAUCAAUUCAUCAAUGCAUGAAUCAUUUUGAAAGGAAACCAUUAAAACCAUAGAGAUGCAGUUAACCACAAUCCAUGAGACAAGAUGACUGCUCUCCCAAUUGCUAACUUAAAAAUCUUGACAGCAAAUUCAAAUUUAUCAAAUACGAAAGAAAUAUUUGUAAAAGAGUGAGCAAAUGUGUUUGGUCCAGGCCAAGAAAGAAUGAAAGAAGCACAAAACUGACCCUAAAGAGGUAAAACCCAAUAAUCUGUUCAGCAGCAUGAACCAGAAAACCUACCAUCGGAGCACUUGUUCUUGGAUAGAGAAGCCACUCGAGAAUCGCGAUGAUCGAGCUGCGAUUUGCCCGUGGAAGUGGAUGGUACGGACAGCCUCUCUUUGUCCUUGCUGUUCAAGGCCCUCGAAGUUGAUGGAGACGAUUUCUCUAGGUGCUUGUCAAGCGCAUCGUUUAUGCGCUUCCGAUCGAGGGGUCCUCCUACAAGCUCCGAUCUCGAUGAAACGCUGCCGGCUCCUCCUCGAUCCCGAUGAUACAUAAUUUUCUUUCUAACAGGCACUUGAGAAUGCGAAACGCUAAUAUGAACCUCUCUCGACCAAAACUUCAAGCAUUAGAACGCCAACAUGGUGAUUGGUGAGAGAUGAAAACGAUAGAGCGAGGUAAACCCUAGAUUGGAGAAGUUAGGGUUUCCCGAGGGAAUUGAAAGGAAAGAGAUCGGCAAGGAGGAGGUAACCCAGAUAGAGAAAGAGAAAUAGAACGAGUGCGAGGCAGGACUGGUUGAGUCCGGUCGAAAAAUAUCAGAAUAAGCAUCGAAUUACGAAUCGGCCCCUGUUUCUUUUUUUUUUUUUUUUCAAAACACAUUUGUAUAUGCAUAACUUUCACAUUUUUUACAAAUAUAGCUAUAUGGCUAGUAUUCGGUAAACCGGUAUCCGGUAUAACCGGUUACCGACGAUAUUCGGUAUACCAGAUACCGGCGGUAUCGGUAUACGGCUAUACAAUUGUCCAAACAGUAUACCGGAUAUUAUCCAGUAAUAUACCGAAGGAGAAUCGAUAUACCGUAAUACCGGAACCCAUUAGAGAAAAAACAAAGGCAGCGCAGCGGAUGGGCGAUUGGGGGGUCAAACCCUAAUGUCCAAAAUCGGCCCUCCCCCAUUGCACGUCGCGCUCGACCCUCUCCCUCCGUGACUCCAAAUCUGGUUCACCUCCCCAUUGCAUCUUUGUCUUCCUCGUCUCCUCACCAGCCAGCAGUCAGCAGCAGUCCCGACGGAGAGAGCUACACCGCGAUUCUGACCAGCCAACAUUCCGACCACGAUUGAGGAUUGAAGCAGAGGCGUAGAGUUCGAGGACAGAGGCGCAGAGUCCGCUGAGUUCGAGAUCGACGGCAGAGGCGUAGAGAAGCUGGGGCUGCUGACGCAAUUCCGACCAUCGUCAAGCUUUCUUCUUCCCCAUUCUGACCGACGGCGAACGCUGUUGCAACUUGCAAGGUGGAUUUCAGUCAAGUGAUUAAUUGAUUGUCGUUUACUUACCAGCCAUGUGUUCUGUCUCUCCUUCCCUUGUCCCUCUGAUUGGCUAACUCUGAUUAAUUUUUACCUCCCUUUAGCUCAUUUUCGAGGAGGCUAACAGCAGCCAGCCCAGCCCUCAACAAGAAGCAGCGCCCAGGGGGAGUGUAGCCCUUUUCGAAGCUAACGGCAGUCUGCCCUCCACAAGAAGCACUGAAGCAGCAUCCACAUUGAACAAUGUUAGUCUUGAGUUUGGGGAGAGAAAUUUAGUGAAUUGGAUUUAGUUAGUUUAGUGAAUUAGAUGAAUAAGAUUUAGUGUUGUCGGAUUUCGGUAUACUGGUGUAAAACCGAAUACCGGUUAUCCGGCAUACUGAUUAAAAUUUGAUAUCGAUAUUCGGAGCCUAUAUUCUCAAUAUCCGGUGUACCGAAUACUGGGUAAUCGGUAUCCGGUAUACUGGAUACCGACAGACUACCAGUCCUUUAUAUCUAUAGUUAUUCGAAAACAUAAAAUAGCCAAUUUCAU